AUGUGUGGUACGGAACAAAAUCUGCAACCAACUUUUCCACGAGUGCAGACUGGCUACUCAACAGCACAAAAUCCUCAACCAACUUAUCAGCAAAAUACGGGAACCCCUGGUCCUCUGCAAAGCAGUACGGAUUCAUCACAGAAUAGGCAGAACGACUUCACCGGACAAUUCUACCCGGUGACACCGUCGUCAGGAGGUUAUACCCCAGCACCUGGGUCUUACAACAAUGCCAAUGCUGGUUAUCAGUCACCAUCUCCAAACUACUAUUCUACUGGAAAUACUGACUUCAACACAAGUCCUCCACAAUUUCCGAUUUUGAACCCAAGUGGCAGUGCUUAUAACAAUGAAAACAGCGCUGGUGGGGAGUAUGGCCAACCUACGGGGGAAUACGGCAAUCAGGGUAGUCAGGGUAGCCAGUCUGGGGCCAUCCAAAACCAGUGGAGCGGUAGCUCAUCUACCCCUCCGAAUUAUAUCGCACCCCAAGUUUGGGAUGGGGGAUAUUAUUCGACCUCCUCCAGCAGCAGCUCCGUACCGUACACUUCUUCCAGUGGGGAUCAGAGCGGCGCAAGCUACGGUCCAAGCUCACAACCUAGUUAUGGAGCCGACACUUCAGAUCAUGCUCAAACUCAAAAUGACGUGGGUUCUUCUUGGGAGCCCACUCCACCACUGCCUUCAUCGCAGUGGAUGCAAGGCGGUUCCUACUCGGACACCACUUCUUCCGACCAAAAUCAACCCUAUGAGCAGUCAUCCACUCCCCCAAGUGGCCAGUACUACGGAGGUUUUUCUUCUUCGACUAACUAUCCAGGAACAACAGCGUUCCAGUACACUUCCACGCAGAAUCCGCUAUCACUGACACCUCCGCCUGACGCAGCCACAUCCGCAUGGUCGUACAAUGAAGGUGCAUACUCCAGCACGCAAAGCCCGUACCGGGACGAGUCUUCGUCAUCAGCUGGACAACAGGGAAUGAAUACGCCGUUCGCUGCUUCCUAUGGUGAUUCAACUCCAGGAAGUACGCAGGGGUACCAGCAGGGGUAUCAGGAAUUCGCGUCAAGUACACAAGCUGCACCAUCAUCUAGCGAGGGUUAUGUGAGUAACAAAAAAUUGGUAAUUUUUCGUUACUCGGACCCACGUAAAUUGUCACUUUCGCAAAGUAAGCUGAUCCAAACAAAAUAUAAAGGGAAAACAAUUUAA